GACGAAAAACAAUCAAAACUGCAGCAAAUCGUGAGAAAUACCAAGCCAAAAAUAAUCGUAAGUGUGGCCGCAACGAUACCCUGCACAAAUCUAAAGCAACCAACAAGCCAAAACUCAUCCUUGCGUUACAUUAUAGUGUAUAUGUGGAACCUGCUUAGCAUAAUUACAAAAUUUACGCAUUACUUUGUGCGAGAGUCGGCAGCGUUUUCGUUUUAAUUGACUGACUGCCCUUUACUCUUGCCCCGCAGUGCUUUGUGUAUGCUACGUUACAAUAAAUUCUUCGUGCAAAAAAUAUCCAAGAAAGUAGUGAAGCCCGCAAAGCAAAACAAAAGCUAACAAGCUUCCGAAAUAAAAAUUCUUGUUCCCCCCCGCCUGAAAGUGUCACCGCCAAGACGUUCCUGCGAAAAAUGUUUUGGGACAAGGGUUAUGCGCCCUCAGCGAAUAUAGAGGCGUUACUAGAGAAGGAGAAUUCAAAGCUAGAGGAAUUUCUAGAUGAGGAGGACAUACUGCAAGAGUGCAAAACGCAAAAGAAAACUCUCGUCAACUAUUUUACACGUGCCGAUGUGAUCAGGCGUCUGGUUGAGCUAAUCACAACUGAACCCUCUGAUGAUCUGCCCAUGGUACAGCGUUUUCGCUACGCAAACAUGUCCUGUGAGAUACUCACACUCGGCCUACCGUCCCUUGAUGAGAAGCUUCUGUCCGAUGCGGACACAAUACAGCUGCUGUAUUCAUAUCUGGAAAAAGAACCACCGUUAAAUCCAUUGCUGUCGUCGUUUUUUAGCAAAACGUUUAGCAUGCUCUUUACCAAAAAGCCUGAACAAGAUUGGUUUUCGUAUCAACACAUGUGCCUACAACUCCUGGAGUAUAUUAAAUCGCAGAAGACCUUUUUGGAUUUUAUUUGCAAACACUUUGACACACCGGUCAUACCUGAUCUAAUAAUGCAAAUGAUGAAGGACAUCGAGGGUGGUCAACUGAAGCGAAACCUAUUCGAAUGGCUAACUGAAGAUAAAAUUGUGGAGAGACUGAUUGCAAUAUUGCGUAAUCCUCAAGAAACCGAUAAACAUGCAAAUGUUGCCGACUUUUUCUGUGAUCUUAUUAACCAAGGGCGCCUAAUGCGUCAAACCGAGCAGGAGAACGAUUCAUUUGAGCCGGCCUUUGAUGGCUCGAAUCCCAUAUUGAAAACCAUUGAAUCUGCUGAUACAAUUGAAGCCUUGUUAAAUGUGAUUUUGGAACCAAACGCUCAAGAGAGCGCCAUCUUAUCAGGAAUAUCGGUUGUACUUACGCUUAUCAAGCCAAUUACAUUCACAGAUGAGCCCAAUUCUGAUCGUCAGCGUUUGCUGCAGAAGCGAGAACGAGAAUUCCAUCAGGAGGUGCAGGAGACUGUGAUCACUGUGAUGGCGCCACGCCUACAAGAGUUCGUUCAUGUUCUCAAGAACCCGCCUGCGAAAUCCACAAUUGAGACCACAGCGGCCGUGUUGACGCCCCCCUUUGGGAAGACACGUCUUCAAGUGUGUCGUGUGUUCACUGCCCUGUUGGAGACCAAACACGAGAGCAUUCAACAGGCGAUCUGCGCAACGGAAUACUUUAGUUUGCUGCUGGAGUAUUUCAAACAGUAUUGCUGGAACAACUUUUUGCACACCGAAACGGAGAAGGCCCUCCACCUGGUGUUCUACAAUGAGCUGUCCAAUAAUAAUACGGCUUCUACGGAGGCCACUGACUUCUUCACCGCCGAUUGCCUGAUCAAUGCCUUCCUGAAGGUCAACGAAGAGGAGUUCGAUGUUGAGUUGAAGAAUGCCUUGAACGACUAUAAGCGGGAGGAGGGUGGCAACAACGCGCAUCAGGAUCAGGAUCAGGAUGGUGACAUCGAAAUCGAAGUGGCAGCUGCGCAGGAAGCGGCGGUACAGACCGAUGAGCAGACGCCAACCACCAUCCAGGAAGCUAAUCCCCAGGAGUCUCCAGAAGAAUCGGAACCGCAGACAACUGUAGUGUUCGCCAAUGAGGAAACAGCGGCACCAACGCUGGAGGAGAAUCAUGUGGAGAACAAUUUGGAGGAUGAUAGAGGAGAGCUGUCGCUUGCAGCAGAUAAGUCGGACAGCGAAACAACGCUUAAUGAUCUGGACAAGACCAAGGAAGCGCCCAAUGCCCUGCCUUCAGAGAUGCAAACGCAUUUGAUUGUAAACUGUCACUUGGUCUCCAAGUUGAUUGACUUUUGGCAGCACAAUGCGCAGGCGCAAUCUGUGGAAAAGGGCCGUCGACUGGGCUACAUGGGGCAUCUCAUCAAAAUUCUCCGUCAUAUUACAAAUUGUAUAUCAGAAUCUGAACAUAUCGCUGCCUUGAUGGUCACCAGCCUCAGGGACGAGGCCGAGCAGCAGCUCUGGCAAUCGCUCAUCGAUGCGGAAACUGGCGAAUUCACGCUUGCAGCGAAGCAGCAGAACCAGAUGCUGGCUAACUGUAAUCCGCACGAGGACCACGAGUACAAUGCGGGCGGCUCGAAGGACUAUUUGGGCGAGACCAAUAGCUGGGACAUUGGAACGUUGUCCUAUAGCAACAUGGGAUACAGUGAUCUGGACAACACGUUGCAGGACAUUGUCUUUACCAUGGACAAUGAUCAAAAUCUAUUUCAAUUUGGUCGCAAUAUCGAUGACGAGGACGAUGACGAGGACGAGCAGGGCACUCACUCUGGCGCUGGCGAUGGACAUAGCCACGGCAUGUUCACGAAAAACUCGAUCACGCUAAGCAAUCUGGCCGAUACCUGGGACAUGGAUGUACAGUUCUCGGACAUUCCCGGUGCAUCUACUCAGGUCAACACUGGCACCGAGAACUGGGGCACGGAAUUCAAUACGCAUAACUUUGCCGACUUCGAUGCGCACUUUAGCACCUUUGGCAGCGAUUUGGGUAUGCCUACAUCACGGCCCCCCGUGGACGAGGAAUCGCAAUCAGUGCCGGAAGUUCUGGCACCCACUCCGGCCACUGUCGGCGAUGAAAAAGAGUCGCAUGCGCACAAUGAUGAUGAUGAUGAUGAACCUAUGAGCCCCAAAGCUGUCCCGGAUAAUGCAUCCAGCAACGAUCAACAGGCUGAGUACGACAAUAAUGCUAAUGUGGAGAAGUCGUCCAGCGACAAGCUGGCGAGCGAGGCGAGUGUUGUCGAGGCCACAUCGAUUGUUACCCGACUGCAGUCGGUGUUGUUGGAUGGCGAGGAUGAUUACGAAGACGACGAGGGCAUGUGGACAAAGCCCUUGGGUGGGGAUCGUGAAACGGAGGAUCAAUCCACACCCAUUUCGAAUGGACCCACCAGCAAAGUGAACGAAUUCAAUCAUGCCAACGACAACGGCAGCAGUAACAACGUGGAUGGCCAUGAGGAAAGCAACAUCACAGCAACAGCGGAGCAACAGAAGCUGACGGCCGCUAGUGCCAACAAGACGAACAAUGUUGAGAUUGCAACACACACCACAUAGAUACACUCACAACAAACACACACACAAACACAAACACCCCACACCACACCCAAAUAAACACGCACUCAUUACCCAAUCUGCAAUUUGUAUAGCAUAAAAUGUGUCGACGACAAUUUGUAAAAAUGCCUUUGAUUUGCUCUUUGGUCAUUUCUUAUACAUACAUAAUCAUGCAUAUGCUACAUAUUUAUAUGAAUAUAUACCACAUACUACUACUUAUACGUACAUGCA